UUUCUGAUUAUCUUUGCUGACUCCUAAAAAGCUCCAUCGCAGGAUUCGCCAGCAUCGCGACGUUUAAAGACUUUGCGGCCGAGUACGGCGAAACCUUGCGCUCCAGCAUCGACUCCUGGUCAAACACAACCUUCAACGGCGACAAAGACGCGUCAAAUUACACCUUCAUGUAAGCCACCGCUUCCUUACUCCCAUGCAAUGAUGCUCACCCACCACAGCGACUAUUUCAAGGGCGGCGCCAUGGUCGACCACUCCUUCCUUCCCUCCGCUACCCAAAUCGAAGCCUUCUACAAAAAACAGCUCUUCUCCAUCAUCAUCAAUUCCCAAUGGCGCAAACGCAAGAUCUGGACCACCUUCCAUGCAACCAACGACACCUCCGACGCCUCCGGCCCCAAUCAAACACGAUACUACUCCCCGACCGACGGUGGUGUCUACUACACCUACGCAUACCACGAAUCCGGCAUCCUGAAGGGCUUCCUCGAAGCCCCCACCGGCCUCGACCACCUCAACGAGUCCACGUGGGACAUCUCCGGCACAGAUAUAUCCAAGUCCUCUGCAGCGUCCUUCCGCACCGCACGCUUCAACUUCACCGAACCCAUGGCGCACGACGCACUCGCUUCCGCCGUCGCCUCAAACGGCACAUCCUCCCCCUGGGCCGACGGCGCAGGCUGGGUCGGCACCUGGACGCUCCCUGUCUGCGUACUCCCACCGGACUACAACUGGAAUACCCAGUACGCCGACACGUCCUCGCGGUACGGCAUGCUGCCGUGCUGCUGCGGCGAGAAGUGCAAGGACACCAAGGACUUUGUGGCCGCGGCGAAUCUCGUUGGGUUUCAGACACUCCUGUACGCGUGCGAGGCGCAGCUGCGGGGGACGGAGAUUGAGUUUGCGAGUGUGGACUAUGGGUUUGGGAAGAAGACCGGGCCAGCGGCGUUGCCCUAUUUUUGGGCGACGCUAGGGACGGGGAAGAAGGCGGGGUUGGCGAUUGGGAUGGUUGUGGGCGGGUUGGUUGUGCUUGUGCUGCUUUUCGUGUGUGUGGGGUCGUGUUGUGCGAGUUGUUUUAGCUGAGUUUGGCAAAUGGGGGUUCGUGAUGGUGUUGUGUUUCUUUGGUUAGUAUAUACCCACUACUGUAAUGGUGUUGUGUACGAAUGUCUAUUUCUUGCCCUACGUUUCUUCGAAGGCGUCCAUGCAAGCUGAGGUUG